AUGAGUGAGUCCGGACCUGAACGCCCCGUUCGACCCAGUUUGGAAAAAAUCGACUCGGAUAACUCUGAGGAGGACAAGAAGGCUAGGCGUAACUCUCUUAAGCAGAGGGCAAUCAAUGCCUCAAACAAGUUUAGAACCUCUUUCAGCAAGAAGAGCAGGAGGAACAGUAAAGUCAUGUCGGUUGUGGUUGAGGAUGAACAUGAUGCAGAGGAUUUGAAGGCGGUCGAAGCUUUACGUCAAGCUUUGAUAGCGGAAGACCUACUACCAGAAAAGCAUGAUGACUACCACAUGUUGUUACGGUUUUUGAAGGCCAGGGGCUAUGAUCUUGAGAAGAGCAAGAAAAUGUGGACUGAUAUGAUCAACUGGAGGAGGGAGUAUGGGGCAGACACUAUCAUGGAGGAUUUCGAUUUCAAGGAAAAAGAAGUCGUCCUUCAAUACUAUCCUCAAGGACACCAUGGGGUUGAUAGGGAUGGUAGACCUGUCUAUAUUGAGAGACUUGGUCAGGUUGAUGCUACCAAGCUCAUGCAAGCGACAACCCUCGAGCGUUAUAUUAAGUACCACGUCAUGGAGUUUGAAAGGACCUUCAUUGAUAAGUUCCCAGCUUGUUCAAUUCAGGCUAAAAGGCAUGUUGAUCAGAGUACCACCAUUCUUGAUGUACAAGGAGUGGGCUUGAAAAGCAUGAACAAAUCUGCUAGGGAACUUAUUCAGUCUCUCCAGAACAUUGAUGGUAACAACUAUCCUGAGACUCUCUGCCGCAUGUACAUCAUCAACGCCGGCUCUGGCUUUAGGCUUUUGUGGAACACAGUUAAAUCCUUCCUUGACCCAAAGACUACAGCUAAGAUUAAUGUUUUGGGCAACAAAUUCCAAAGCAAGCUCCUGGAAAUCAUUGAUGCCAGUGAACUCCCGGAGUUUUUGGGUGGUACCUGCACCUGUUCUGAUAAAGGCGGUUGCAUGCGCUCUGACAAGGGUCCAUGGCAAGAUCCAGAUAUCAUGAAGAUGGUCCGCAAUGGUGAACACAAAUGCUCAGCAAGAACUAACAUCCCAGAUGAGAAAACUAUUUCUGAGGAUCAGUCUGCUAACAAGGCGGAUGAUGAACCUCCUGGAAUGCAGAGGGAGCAAAUCAAGCAUCCUCAACUUCCCCCAGUUCACGAAGAAGAUUCGCAGGCUAUCACAAACAAAAGCAUCCCGAGCCCAAAUGAACCCAAAGGCUACAUGCCUACGGUCCAAAUGAAUGUUGAUGCAAGUUAUGCUAAACCAGUGCAGAAGGUUCCCCUUCCACAAGAUUAUUACAACAUGAAUGACGCAUACAAGGCAGCUGGCGAAGGGCUAGGCAACCACAUAUUUACGGGUAUGAUGACUUUUAUGAUGGGAGUUAUGACCAUGGUCCGUAUGACCCGUAACAUGCCUAAAAAGCUCACAGAAACCAGCCACUACUCUAAUGUCAUUUAUGAAGAGCCAAUCAAACAAAGGCCCGAACCUUAUCAGUUGCAAGCGCCUGGCAUCUCUACGGCUGAGUAUCUCUCGAUGAUGAAGCGUUUGGGGGACUUGGAGGAGAAAGUCAUAAUCCUCACCAACAAACCGGUGGAGAUGCCCCCUGAGAAAGAGGAAAUGCUUAAUAACGCUCUGAAGCGCAUCGAGUCUUUGGAGAUUGAGCUUUCUGCAACCAAGAAGUCUCUAGAGGAUUCACUUGCUCAACAACAAGAGUUUGCAUCUUACCUUGAAAAGAAGAAGAAAAAGAAGAACAUUUUUGGUUUCUAA